AAGUGGAACCGAACCGAAGGGGGAACUGAAGAACGGGUGCAUGGAGAUUAGGGACAGUCAUUUACUUUCUGCUUUUCAUUCUAAAGUUUCAUCUUUCCUGUCAAGAUAACAGUUGGGGAAUAAAAGUGCAGCGUGAAACCUCUCUUCAUUCUCUCGUGCGCGUUGUAAAUACGUCAACAGGUGCUAUAGCUUGUGAAUAAUCGAGGCUCUUUUGUUGGUCGUCAGCCAGCCAGUCAGUCAGCUAGCCAGUCGGCCAGUCAGUCAGCCAGCCAGCCAGCCAGCCAGUCAGCAUAGCGCAGUACUGGUGGGUAUUCGAAUGUGGAUAUCACUGUUUUUGGAGAGAGGAGGAAGGAGGGAGGGAGAGAGAAUAUAUAAAGUGGGCGGCGUUACGUCUCGAUUGACAGUUUAUCUAAUGAGCAGCGCAGCACGAGUCUAUAAAUUGUGGGAGACGUCACUCCCAAGUGUUCAUUCACUAGUAAUAAGACGCACGUUGAACAGACGUCCACGGAGCGCAGCGCAACACUGAUGCGCCAAGUUAAGUAUCAAAACAAGACAGUGGUGUGGCAUCGUCCUGCACGCACACACACCGACGUAAGCAUUGUGCAGUACUGUACUGUACUACUGUGGAAGUGAAGAGGAGAACAGCGCGACCAGAGGGGGACAGGGCUCAGAUAAUGGAUAUUGAUCUUUCGUUAAACCUUCACCUCUUUUGGAUAACCUGGGAAUUCUAAAACAUUAUUUUGGCAGGUUGGAACAUCCAACAAAGAUUCUAAUUACGGAAAAACAACGAAGUGGAACGAGAAGAAGGAUUUCUAUUUUAUUCUUUCUUUCUGCUUUUUUAUUUUGUAUUCCCCCCCCCAACACUUUGGAAUAGUGGGCUUUGGAAUAUAGGGGAUAUAUUGGCGGGUGACGUGCCUGCCCUGGAUAAGCGAGAAGGAUGGCAGCUUGGUUCACUUUUACCAUCGCAUUCAGCACCACUGUACUGACACAGGUAUUUGGAUCGGGUGUUUUUGAGAUCGAUCUACAUGAAUUUAAAAACAGCAAAGGAUUGCUGCAGAAUGGCAACUCGUGCAGACUCAACUGUAGAACUUUCUUUCGUGUUUGUCUUAAAAACUACCAGGCAGUAGUGUCGCCAGGUGACUGUAUCUUCGGAAAUGCCUUGACACCGGUGCUAGGGACCAACUCCUUUAGCGCCAUGGACGGGGGAGCUUUCAGUAGACCCAUCCGACUACCGUUCAACUUUGGAUGGCCGGGAUCGUUUUCUUUGAUAAUUGAAGCCUGGUAUUCACCUUCAACAGAUCUACCUGUUGACACCAGCAACCCAGAGAUGUUGAUUAGUUUCUUUUCCAUCCAGAGACAGUUGGGCGUAGGGACCGCCUGGUCUCUGGAUGUUCAGAGCGCCCGACAGACAGAGUUAAGGUAUUCUUACCGCUUCAUCUGCAAUGACAAUUACUACGGAGAAAGUUGUUCCAAAAUAUGCACGCCAAGGGACGACCGUUUUGGCCACUACACCUGCGACCUCGACGACGGGCAGUUAUCCUGUCUGCCCGGCUGGAAGGGGGAAUACUGCGAAGAAUCCAUCUGCCUCGAGGGAUGCAGUGAAGGAAACGGAAACUGCUCCAGACCUGGCGAGUGUGUGUGCAGAGAAGGUUGGCAGGGUCCGUUCUGUGAUGAGUGUAAGAAGUACCCAGCUUGUAAGCAUGGCACCUGCCAACAGCCAUGGCAGUGUAACUGUAAGGAGGGCUGGGGAGGGCUCUUCUGUGACCAAGACCUGAACUUCUGCACGCACCACCGGCCGUGUGUGAACGGGGCGACCUGUAUGAACACGGGUCAAGGCAGCUAUACCUGUACCUGUCCCCCUGGGUUCACUGGGGUCAACUGUGAGCUGGAGCUGCAGGAGUGUGACAGCGACCCCUGCAGGAACGGAGGACUCUGCACGAACCUGGAUGUUGGCUACAGGUGUUCGUGUCCUCAGGGCUUCGAGGGUUCUCACUGUGAACACAGCCUGCUGACCUGUGCUGACUCCCCCUGCUUCCACGGCGGGCAGUGCCAUCAGAAGGACAACGGUCGCAGCUACAUCUGCGAGUGUCCUCCCGGAUACACAGGACUCAACUGUGAGAAGAGAGUGGACAAGUGCACAUCUCUUCCCUGUGCCAACGGCGGUCUGUGUUUGAUCCACGGUGGCGUGCGUCUAUGUAGCUGUCGCUCCGGUUUCACUGGCCAGCGCUGUGAGAUCAACAUCAACGAGUGUGCCGGGAACCCCUGCACCAACGGAGGGACCUGCCUGGACCGCAUCAACGACUACACCUGUGCCUGCCCCCCGGGGUACGCCGGACGAAACUGCGACCGCAGCCUGGACGAGUGCUCCAUCCGCCCCUGUCUUAACGGAGGGCUCUGCACCGGGGGAGGAGGGCCAGGGAAACCCCCUGCCACCUGUAUCUGUCCCGCUGGCUUUAGCGGAACACGCUGCCAGUUCUUUGCUGUGACCCUGCCGGUGGGUGGGGAGAGGAUCAAUGGAGAGGGCCAAGAUGGCUUCCAGUGGGCGGCAGUUUCCUUGGCUGUAGGGCUGGUUGCAUUGCUGGUGCUGCUAUGCAUGGUUGGGCUGGCUCUACGGCACAUCCACAGGCAGACCGGCAGGGACACGGGAGAUGGGGAGACCAUGAACAACCUAUCAAAUGUACAGAGGGAUAACCUAAUCCCGGCUUCCCAGCUGAAGAACACCAAUCAGAAGGUGGGACUGGAAGUGGACUGCGAAUCAGAGAAGUCAAACUUCAUCCAUAAGAACUAUCAAUUGGACUUGUAUAGUAACGCAAAGUCAAAGGAGUUGAAGGAUGAUACGUCGCAAGAGGAUAAAAGCAAAAGUCAUGUGAUCUAUGACAAGUGUUUAGAAGAGAAAAUACCGCUGAGUAGAAUGUACAGUGAAAAGUCGGAGUGUAGGAUAUCAACGAUAUGUUCCCCUCGAGACUCUCAGAUCUACCAGUCCGUCUUUGUUAUAGGAGAUGAGCGGAGGACGUGCGUCAUAGCAACAGAGGUAUAAGCUGUGAGGGGUAUGAAGAAGCAAGGAAGCGAAAGAGGAGAAACACAAUCGAGGCAGAAUUUUUUAUUUUUCUGGAUUGUUUACAAAAAUCUGAGAAGAGACUGUUUCUGAUGUCACUGCUGCUCUGGAACACUUGAGAAAUGGAGAGAGAGAGAGAGACGAUAAGAGAGAGAGAGAUGGACGAACCUCUCCUCUUCUCUGUAAACAAACUAAUGAACACUAGCCUGAAAACUUUAUUGAACUUUAACAUCGACCGAGUGUUUGUAUACAAAACGUGUACAGUAGCAGUCAUGAAACUUUUGACUUCUGGGAACGGUUAAACAAAUGGUUAAAUCAACUGUUAAACGGUUAAAAGACUGACUGAACUGCACAGAGUGUGGAGGGAACUGGUAGAAUGUCAGCAAGCAAAACAACAAAUUUGAACUGAACUCAUGUGUCCUUGGCAGCAAUGGAGGAGAGAGUAGGUGAAACAGAACAAAUAGUUGACCCCUGACCUCUCAGUUGACCCCUGCCCGACCUAAUCAUGGGGACUUCGACAGCCAAGUAAUCAAAAUGGAGUUGACUGAAAUUCAACUGAUCUUUAACCCCCUAGCCGGCAUAAUUCACCAGCUAUGCAAGACCCAAGGUCCAGGGUGGAGCCAAUUCGCUGAAACUGACCAACCAACCGCAAACAACCGACCGACUAGUUGUUGAAAACCACAGACUAACCACAACAAAACACUGAGAACGAUGAAUGUCUGAUUGAACAAACAAACUAACGUCUCAACUGUCAAUCACUCCAAACAAAACGCCUGGUCGAACUUUUCCAGACGUUUUCAUUCCAUGCAAAUGGUGAAAAGAUACAGGCCAAAAUUACUAGAAGCCCAAACAAGAGUUUCAAUGCUAAAACUAAACACUUGUCUCUUCAUGGAGCACUUGAACACCAAAAAGAAAAACACAGGUGGGAAAAUACAAUUUUUUCCAUCAACAGGAAUUUGGAGGAGGAUACAUUCUAAAUGGAGCCCUAUUCCCUAUAUAUAGUGCACUACUAUAGACCAGAGCCCUAUUCCCUACAUAGUGCACUACUAUAGACCAGAGCCCUAUUCCCUACAUAGUGCACUACUAUAGACCAGAGCCCUAUUCCCUAUAUAGUGCACUACUAUAGACCAGAGCCCUAUUCCCUAU